CAUCCAUCUCUCCAACACAUACAACACAUACGACCAAGACGUCCCUCUCGCCUGUCUAUCAACCAUAUCCAGGGAAUAAAAUAUCCAGGGAAUAGGGAAUAGGGAAUAUCUACAACCUAAAACAUCCUCAUUGCGAUUGCGCACGCGUCUCCAUCCCACAUCUCUCCCGUCGCAUCGCACACCCGACGCCUCCAUCGACCGUCCGACCUGCGCGCAUACCGAAGACGCCCGUCGCCCACACUCAAAAGAACCCGCACAAGAGCGCGCGCAUCGCGCAUACAGUUUCCAGCCAUGCUUCUCCCCUCGGCGCUCUCCUGCGACCCGGCGCACGGCGCCGCCGCCUCGUCCGCCCGACUCCAGGCCGCGCUCUUCGCGUCGCCCCCUGCCAGCCCGCCGGCACAGAGCAGCGGCGGCGCGCUCGGCUUCGGAAACAUCGUCGCCACCUGCCGCAGCCUGCAGUCCCUCCUCGGCGCACCGCCUGCCUUUGCGCACAACAAUAACAACAACAACUACAACAGCCACAACAACAACCCCAACGGGCUCAUGAUAUUCACGCCGCCCGCCGGCUCGCGCGAGGCCUCGUGCCCGCGCGGCGAAGGCGGCGGCUCCCGCAACCCUAGCCAGCUCCCCACACCCCCGCUCGCCCACGCGCCGUGCCCGCUCAAGCUGCGCCUGCGCUCGCGCAAGACGACGGAGCCCGCCGCCGCCCCGGUCGACCACCUCCCCGUCACGACCCGCAAGAAGAUCGCCAAGCGCGCCCCGCCGCGCGGCGCCAACAAGAGGCGCCGGGCCGCCGCCGACUCGGACUCGGACAGCGACGUGGACGUCCGCGGUGCAUCGGCUUCUACACGGACUGCGCCCGGCGUCGCCCCGCCAACAUCACCAGCGUCAACAAAAACAACAACAAACACGGACGUAAACCCCGAGGCCCCAGCGCAGACGCUACACACGCCAAAGCGCGCACGGAUAGCGCCGGCGGUGGUGCCAAUGGGCCUGGAGCGGUCCGACUUUCACGCGCUGCACGAGCCGGCCCGGCAACCAGGCGGCGGCGGCGGCCCCGGCACCGACGUCGAGGUGGAGGCCGACGGCGAGGCGUGGAGCGCCGAGGACGACCGGGUCCUAGUCGAGCUCGUGCUCGAGAAGCUGCGACUGUCGCGCGAGGACUGGGAGGACUGCGCGCGCAGCCUCGGCAGGGACCGCGCCUGCCUGGGCCGCCGCUGGAAGAGCCUGAUGCUGCACGGCGACGUCGGCCUAAGGCCCACCCGGAGCAGCGCCCGCCGCGCCCGGCUCCAUUCCACCUGGAGGUGAUCUCCGGGGGAGCCCCGUUCCCGUCUUUGAAAUUGCGCUCUGCCUACCUGGCUGUCAUUUUCUCUGACCUUGUUACCUUCUCUUCUCUCUACUCGGUUCUCGGCGCUCGCCGGAAACGAGAGGCAUUUUAUGAACCAAAUGUCGUUUUAUACUCUAACAAUAUUUGUAUUCGUCACGUCAUUCUCAUUUGUAUCGGUAUCGCCCGACUGUGGCUAGACCGGCGUCAAGGAUACCACAUCUCUGUAUCUUGUACCAUGAGCUUCGACUCAUCAUGUUUUGGCUUGGCCUGUUCCGUAGAAAAACUUACCUACCUACCUACCUUAGAUACCCGCUAUGCAAACAUCUCUCUCUCAUCUCGAA